AUGAGUUCAUCACAAGGUGCACCUCUUAGAGCAUUGCGUAGAGCAACUACAAAAGGAGAUCCAAUAAUAUUACUUAAAGAUGGUGUGAAGACAGAUUCCAUUGUUGAAGCCACUGAAGUUCAAUUUGGAAAAGACAAAACAAAAUUCGAUUUAAAUAUGAUUACAAACUUCUACAGUGAUGAUAACUUUGAACAUCCUGAAAAUUUAAGAUCGGUGGUAUUCUGUUAUUUACUGAAGAAGAGCAAUCUUCUUGAAUAUAGAGAAGAAUCUGAAAAUCUAGGUAUCCCUUUAUUCAAAUUCUUGGUUAGAACAGAUUUGCUUACCUGGUUAAAUGGAGAUGCUGAUACUUGUCAAUUUGUGAAAGAUGAAAAAGUCUCCGAUAAAGAUGCAUCAACCAAAACCGGAGAUACUAAAUCUAGCGAGUCUAGUAAAAAACAUAAAUUAGAAGAUGAUCAAUUAGAAAGAAUAAGCAAAUUUGAAAAGGAAUCGAUAGACCAUAAUGCCGCCUUAAGAGGGUCAAAAAACAUAGAUUUUGGGUACUUAAUUUCUGAUGCGAAGAAACUUAUUCUGGACUUGAAAAGAUCCAAAUCAAAUCCAGCUUCGGCUUCUCGAGGCAGUAGCAGAGACGCACCAAAAAAGCAACCAAUUAUUCUUGUUUCUCCUGCAACAACUGCUCUAUUAUCAUUGUCCAACAUUAAAGAAUUCCUUGAAGAAGGAAGAUUUGCAGCACCAAAUCCAAGCAAUAGACCAGAUAGUGGCUUGGUAAUGAUCAAUCAUCCAUCCGAUAAGUUGAUUUCAAGCGGUCAAAAGAUUAUGGUUGUUGAUAAUAUUGAAAACUUUACCAAGUUGGAAUAUUGGGAAAGAGUUAUUGCUAUUUUCACCACUGGUCAGACUUGGCAAUUCAGUAGAUAUAUUCACCCUGAACCUGAGAACUUGUUUCAAAAAUACCGUGGGUUCUAUUUUGGUUACCAAGGUGAACAGGCUCCUUCUCAGAUUAAGGAUUGGAACGUAACUGAAAUAAGAGUGGAUAGAGAUAAAAGAUUUAAGGAUAAAGUUGCUGUUAAAGAUUUCUGGACCGAAAUAGAUAAAAUCCUUAUCAAUAAAGGUUACGGUAAACUGUAUUAG